UUUAAACAAAAACUAUACACAUAUGUCCUAUGAUCAAUCUAGUUGAUCCUGUAAGUAACCAAAGUAUCAAUUUUGAAGACUAGUGCUUAUUUACCAAAAUCCAAGAUAAACACCUGUAGGCAUGCUUUAUGGAAGAGAGGCAACAUGACAUCUUUGGAUAAUUUCCCCAACCCCUAUUUCUACCUCCACCGCUUUGUUGUAUGUGAUAUGGGGGUUUUAGUCCCCUUUUCCAAAGUUCUAAAGGUGAUUAAUGUUGCUACAUCCCAGAUCUCGCCCAAUGGAUGAAACUUGAUUCGGGAAUUUGGGAUUAUAUGUCGGCGACUGUAGGUCCAUCCUACCAAAGGGAUGUUCUUCUCCUUCUACGACACCAAGACGGUCAUUAGAGGCGGCUAGGUGACCUUAUGCAUCCCUCUUGGAAGGUCUCUAUUCAAACCAUAUUCCAAUCAUUGUAAAAAUUGGAAAGAUAAGUUCGCAAGGUUGAGGGGCGUGAUGACACCUAUAUGGUCACGACUGGGACGAAUGACUCCCAUCGCUUUCCUCAACCCUGGACAAACAAUCUAGUGAUGAUCACUAGGUACAACUUUGGCUACCUCACACCUGAUGAGACGGAGGUAGAUUAUCUUUUGGGUGAAUUCGAGGUAAUGAAUUUUUAUACCAUGAUCAUCUUGUAUCAGGGGACGAUAAUGACAUGAACAAAUAAAUGAGUAAGUUUGAUAUGUUAAUAGCCCUUAUUUUGUUUUUUUUGUGUGGCCAGGUUGCUUACAUUAUACUUUCUUUUUUUUCCAAGAGGAAAUGUCAAAACUGAUGGAAAAUAUUAAAACUCCCUUUGGCCGAUCUGAAGGAGAGCCAAGCCAAGAGGAAAGUUGAACGGCCAAAAUCCAGAAAUAGGAGUUUGGCUUGAUCAAAAAGGGACCAAGAGGCAAGUCGAGGAUGACACGCCUCAUGAGCCUCGUGCCCCUAAAAUCUAGAAAUAGGAGUUUGGCUUGAUCACAAAGGGACCAUGAGGCAAGUCGAGGAUGACGUGCCCCAUGAGCCUCGUGCCCCUAAAAUCCAGAAAUAGGAAUUCAGUCCAACUUUGAGACAAAGAGCUGACUCAAUCACGGGUCCCAUAUCAAGUUUUUGAUAGUUGUUAUAUAGUUAUCCUGACACAAAUAACAUGAGAAUGAUGGCCAUGAUGAUGUAACAUUCGUAUCAGUAAAGACCAUAAAAGUAUUUUGUGUAGUCAAGUCACAAACAUGGGAAGAACAAGAGAUAAAAGAGCAGUAACUACAUAUAGUAAGUAUUUGUGGCCAAAAUAAGCUAGAACGACUCUGAUUGAGACUUUGCUUGUCCGACACAUGCAAGAUCACAGACAUUAUAUUUUACCGCAAGUAGAGCUCAGAAAUUCUCUAAAAAGAUUGAUGUAAAGUGACACUUUUCUUUAGCAAAGAAAUUUGUCCACAUGAAAAUAGGCCCUUUAAAUUCGACAAGAAAAUAUGAACAAUCUAUGUUGGCGAAAAGUAAAAACAACCAAAACGAAUAUUAGUUAGUCACUACCUUAAAAAUGGUCAAAAAGCGGCGUAGUUUGUACAGGAUUCUUGAAAAUUUGCAUUUGAGUUGGUGGAACAACGUUGCCGAUAGUCAGCAUUAACACGUAUUUGACUUCACCAUUUUUCCUCAAAACAACUUUACCAAAACAUAGCAUAAUUUGAACAAAACUUUGUCACAAAAACAACACACCAAUAACAUCACAAUCCACAACUUUGUAAUGGCCAGAACUAGAACCUAUAACAACGUAGUUCUUCUGUACUCUAACAUAAUGAUCUUCUUCAUUCCUUUUGUCAUCUCCCUCAGAAGCCUCACUCCAGACAAAUCCAUCCACUACAACGACUACCUAGUUUCCGAAACCGGAAAAUUCGAAGCCGGGUUCACCAACAUAGAGAAUUCACAGAACAUAUACUUUUGCGUAUGGUACAAGAAUCUAAACCCAAGAACAAUUGUUUGGGUAGCCAAUAGAGAUACACCACUGCAAAACUCAACAGGAAUAUUCAAACUCACUGAUACAGGAAAUCCAGUCAUAGUUGAUGGCUCGGAGAACACAAUUUGGUUCUCUAAUGCAUCAACAAUUGUAGAGAAUCCGUUUCUAUUGCUCUUGGACACCGGAAACAUCGUGGUACGAAACGGAAGUUUAAAUGAUGUUUGGUGGCAAAGCUUUGAUUAUCCUGGUGACACUUUACUACCUGGGAUGAUACUUCGAACUAAUCGAAUCAAUGGAGCGCAUAAUGCUUUGACAUCAUGGAAAAACUCAGGAGAUCCUGCAAGAGGUGAGUUUUCGUAUUAUAUAGAUUCUAAUGGUUUUCCUCAACUGUUUAUUUCAAAGGGAUCAGUGUUAGUUUAUAGACUAGGGUCAUGGAAUGGAUUUUUCUUCAGUGGGGUUCCUUGGGAAACACUCUAUAGUUAUUUCAAAUUUUCCUUUGAGUUAACUGAGAAACAAGUUCAAUUUAAAUAUGAACCGUUGAACGACACGAUUGUUUCAAGAUACCUUAUCACUCCGACCGGCUUCGUGCAACGUUACAUUUGGUUAUAUCAGACAGAAACUUGGCAACUUUUCCUUGCUGGCCCUGGGGACCAGUGUGAUAAUUACAACAUCUGUGGUGUAAAUUCCGAUUGUAACACGGGGAACACGGAGAUAUGCAAAUGUCUCAUUGGCUUCACACCCAAAUCGUCGAAUGAUACCGAUGGGUGCGUUAGGAAGGUGAAGCUGGAUUGUGACGAUAGAGACAGAUUCGUUACGUAUACAAAGAUGAAGUUGCCGGACACGUCUUCGUCAUGGUUUGAUGAGAAAAUGAGUCUUGUGGAAUGUGAGAAACAAUGCCGGAAAAACUGUAGUUGCAUAGCUUAUGCAAGUUUAGAUAUUAAAAAUGGUGGAAGUGGAUGCAUCACUUGGUUCAAUAACAUCAUUGACAUGAGGACAGGAAGCUCUUCUGGGCAAGAGAUUUACAUAAGAGUGGCUGCUUCAGAAUUAGGUAGUUCAACGAAUAACAGAAAGAAGAAAAUGAUAGCAGGUAUUUUAGUAGGAAUCGGAGUCCUCUUCUUGAGUAUUACGACGGUUGGAUAUGUCAUCUUUCUAAAGAGGAAAAAACUUCAGAACUCAGGUAGGAGCACAACAAUAAACCAUGAAGAUAACAUGAAUCAUGAGAAGGAAAGUAUUGACAUAUCAACUUUUGAUUUUUCUACCAUAGCUAAUGCCACUGACAACUUCUCCUCCAUUAACAAACUUGGAGAAGGUGGAUAUGGACCUGUUUACAAGGGUGUACUAGCAAAUGGUAGAGAGAUUGCCGCCAAGCGGCUUUCGAUUAAAUCUGUACAAGGACCACAGGAAUUUCAAAAUGAAGUUCUAUUGAUUGCAAAUCUUCAGCAUAGGAAUCUUGUGAAACUCAUUGGUUGCUGCAUUCAUAAUGAUGAAAGAAUAUUGAUUUAUGAAUACAUGCCUAAUAGAAGUUUGGACAACUUUAUUUUUGAUCAAACCAGAAGUAAAGUAUUGGAUUGGAACACACGUUUCCAUAUUAUAAGAGGAAUCGCCCGAGGACUUCUGUAUCUUCACCAAGAUUCUAGAGUAAGGAUCAUCCAUAGAGAUCUAAAAACCAGUAAUAUUCUUCUUGAUAAUGAUAUGAGCCCAAAAAUUUCGGACUUUGGACUCGCUAGAGCUUUUGGCGGAGAUCAUGAUGAGGCCAAUACAGUUAGAGUAGUUGGAACUCAUGGUUACAUGCCUCCAGAAUAUGCUGUAUAUGGAUCUUUUUCAGUGAAGUCUGAUGUCUUCAGUUUCGGUGUUAUUGUUCUAGAAAUCAUCAGUGGGAGGAAGAGCCGAGAAUUUUUCAACCCAGAACAUAAUCUUAACCUUAUUGGACAUGCUUGGAGACUUUGGAGUGAGGAUAAACAAUUGGAACUGAUAGAUGAGACUCUUAAAGGUUCAAUUACAAUGGAUGAGGCAUUAAAAUGUAUUCACAUUGGGUUGUUAUGUGUGCAAGAUAGAGCAGAUGAUAGGCCUGAAAUGUCAUCUGUUGUUCUAAUGAUGAAUGGGGAGAGAGCAUUACCUAAUCCAAGGCAGCCUGGGUUUUAUCCUCAUGAAGUUAUCUCUUACUCAAGCAAACAAGAAUUGUCAUCCACAAAUGAAAUUUCUAUUUCACUGUUACACCCAAGAUAAUCAUGAUAUGCUUAUGUUUAAAUGAGUUCAAAUUUUUUCCAAGAUAGUUAUAGAAUGAUAAUUAGUGUUGUUGAACUUGUAACUUGUAGCACAAGUCAUACAUGUAUCUUGCAGUACAAGCCACUGCUUUGUACCACGCCAUUUACAUGACUUAAUAUUAUUGGUUGUUUGUUUUGUACUGUUAGAGUUAGUUAAGAUCUGCAAGUACUAUAAAAGGUAGCUUGUAACUAACUUGUAACUAACUUGUAAAUCAUCAAUUUCAUUUCAAUCAAUUGGAGUUUGUUA